AUGGCGUGCACCAUCGAUAGUGCUGUGGAACGAAUCCUGGAAGAACUGAAGGACAUUGGUGGUACCAGCAGCGGCAGGCGGCACAACGUCAUCUACUUCGACGGUUGGGAUGGGCUGGGGGCAUCCGCCGUCCUCCGAGAAGUGGGCCGCCGUCUUGCUCCAGCAGCUUCAGAAGAGAAGAAACCAGCACUGGGCAGCGGUCUCGAGUUCAAGCUAAUCAUCAACCUCGACUGCUCCAAGUGGGAGAGCAGGAGAGCGUUGCAGAGGUCUCUCGCGCAGAAGCUACAGCUUCCUCCUCCAGUGAUGAACAUGUUCGAUGUGUUAGAGAUUGUAAACGUGUUAUACUAG